AUGAAGUUCAAGGUGACUGCAACUGCCAUGAUGCUGUACGAGAGCCUUCGGGUAUAUGCUCAAAAAUGGGGGCCUAGCAUCAUGCAAAGUGAUGACAAGGAAAUUGCUGUUUAUGCAGCACGGGAUCGCCCUGUCAUCACUGAGAGUGAUUUGGACUCCAACUAUGAGUUGCUCAAAGAAUGGGCAAACAAAGAGGCCACGGUUUUGCGCAAGAUGAUGACUCACCUCAUCGUUUUGACGAACAGAACUGAGGAAAGCAGGAAUGAGAAGAUCAAAGUGUUGAAAAGCAUAGUGACAAACUUCCGGAUCAUCAAGGCUGAGCAGGAAAACCAGCAGAUGCUGUUGGACUCUGAUGAGGAAGCCCUGGCUGCCCUGGAGGAUGAAGAACCUUUGGUUGUGGACUUUGACGAUGAGCCCAUCAUUACGCAUGUUCACUUGGCUGAAGGACAUGCAGCUGGUAUGCAAGUGAAGUCUGAAGAUGCGGUGGUUGAAGGGAAUGCCGAAGCUUAG